UUUUGAAUCUCUAAGAUCUCCACGAGGCAGCAGGGUAGAGUGGUUACAAACCCAGAUUAGUGUCAGACUGUGGGAGUUUGCUUCCAGCUCUGUUGCUUGCUGGCUUCAUGACCUUAGGUGAGUUCACUUGUCUGUGGCCUGAUCUGUAAACAUCUGUUGUUAUGGGAAUUUAUAAAUGCAUUAUAACUGUCAGCUAUUAAUGCUAAGUAUUUUAUCUCUUCAGUUAAAUUGUAGCUCCAUGAAGACAAAUAUUAUGCCAUGUAUUUCUUUGGUGUCCCCUCUUUAGUACCUAUCACAGUAGAAAGCAUAUAAGUGACUCAAAAAUACUUGUCAAAUUUGAGAUUAUGGUAGUUAUUUUUGCUUUAUGUUUACUAGUAAAGCAACCAUUUUUCUUUAAAGCCUGAGAAAUAAUUUUAGGACUUCUUUAGAAUCUAAUUCUUGCUAUCUGAAAACAAUGAACAUAAAAUGUGAAAUUAUAGUGAGAUGAAUGUGUUCUUAAUGAGUUAAUAGAACUCUGUAUAUUGACAAUUGAAAAGUCUUGUAAUAGGAGUAACUUUCAGAAGUGGAUAUGCUAUAUAUAAAAUAGGUAACCAACAAGGACCUAUAUUGUAUAGUACAGGGAACUGUACUCAAUAUUUUGUAAUAACCUAUAAGGGAAAAGAAUCUGAAAAGGAAUGUAUAUAUAUACACGCACACACAUACAUAUAUACACACUCUGAAUCACUGUGCUAUACACCUGAAACUAACACAGUAUUGUAAAUCAACUAUACUUCAAUUAAAAAAAGCAAAAAAAAAGUGGAUGUCCUCGGUUAGUGUUUCCUCAACCUGACUAAGCAUAAAAGCCCACUGCUUGUAAAAGUACAGAUUUCCAGAUGUCAUGAAUCAGAAUCUCCAAAAAUGAGACCUGAGAAUUUGUUGUUUUCUUUAUUUUUUCCUUCUUUGCUAAAUCCUGGGUGAUUCCUGUGAGAGACAAUUUUAGAUAAUGCUAGUCCAGAUAAUAUACUUUCUUUUGAAGGUUUCAACUGGAUUUCUGUAGGCAAAAUAUUUUAAUCCAGCUAUUCAUAUUUCUUUACCUUAUUUCUAAAACACUUCAGGCCUGAGGACUUGCGCCGUGAGUUUGGUCGAUAUGGCCCUAUAGUAGACGUUUACAUUCCACUUGACUUCUACACUCGCCGCCCGAGAGGAUUUGCUUAUGUUCAAUAUCCUUUAUUUUACUGUGUGCAUGUGAAUAGACUACAUACAUUUGCAUAUACAUAUAUGUACUCAGGAGUAUAUUUUAUGAGAUUAAUACUGCCUAAUUAAAUGUGUUUAUUUCUUUAUCUCAGAAAAUCUAAAGCAGUCCACAGUAGCUGGCAAGCGCCCCUCAGUUUGAACCAACCUGUUAGCUAGAAUCCAAGCAUAAACCGAGCAGGCGAGACAAAAGGCACCUAAAGUUCAAGCAUCAAGGAGUAAAGAGGGAGGGUGGACACAGAUAUAAAGACCUGGAAGAGGGGAAGUCUUUAUCAAGCAAAAGACAAAGCCAACACCAGGUUGAGACUUCGGCUUUCCUACAUUUACUCAGAGUUCCAGAAUCAAAGCCAAGUCUGAUGUUGUUGGUUCUGCGUCUCUUAUAAAGUCCAUCUUGCAAGCCCUAAAGAAUAAAGGUCAAGGUUCAAGAUCAAGUGACAUUGAGUGUCCUUAACAGCUAGUCAUAUUUGAAGAUGUUCGUGAUGCUGAAGAUGCUCUUUAUAACCUCAAUAGAAAGUGGGUAUGUGGCCGUCAGAUUGAAAUACAGUUUGCACAAGGUGAUCGCAAAACACCAGGCCAAAUGAAAUCAAAAGAACGUCACCCUUGUUCUCCAAGUGAUCACAGGAGAUCAAGAAGCCCCAGCCAAAGGAGAACUCGAAGUAGGAGUUCUUCAUGGGGAAGAAAUAGGCGGCGGUCUGAUAGCCUUAAAGAGUCCCGACACAGGCGAUUUUCUUACAGCCAGUCUAAAUCUCGCUCCAAAUCACUACCAAGGCGAUCUACCUCAGCAAGGCAGUCAAGAACCCCAAGAAGGAAUUCUGGUUCUAGAGGACGGUCACGGUCCAAGUCCUUGCAAAAAAGGUCCAAGUCGAUAGGAAAAUCACAAUCAAGCUCACCUCAAAAGCAGACUAGCUCAGGAACAAAAUCAAGAUCACAUGGAAGACAUUCUGACUCCAUAGCAAGAUCCCCAUGUAAAUCUCCCAAAGGGUAUACCAAUUCUGAAACUAAAGCACAAACAGCAAAACACUCUCAUUUUCGAUCGCAUUCCAGAUCUCGGAGUUACCGUCAUAAAAACAGUUGGUGAACAGCGACAGAAGAGUGCUACGUAGUAUUUAAUAUGUUAUUAAACCUCUCGUUAUGUUAAAUAAAAAUUCUUCAAGGCUUACAGAAAAAGUGAGUUGAUAUUAGUUAUUUUGGGCAUGUGCAAGAGAUAAAAUCUCUCUAUCUUGGGUUAAGAUUUGGUCUCGAUUUAAGGGCCCAUACCACAAAUUAUGAUGUGAGUAAUGUCCCAUUUUAUGGACCAUUUUUUGUUUACAUUGUGGCAGAAGGGUACUUUUCAAAGGAAAUGGAACUAAUUUGGAAAAUUAGACUUGGAUGUUAAGAAUAAUACUAAUAACUUUUACGAAAGUAUUUUUUACUUUAAAGCACUUUUCUUUCAUGUAAAAAGUAAUUAUGACUGUAUAAUCGCAUAGGGCAAACUUAAGACUGUUUGACAUCUUACGUCUCCUUUUUGUUUUCUCUUUAAACUUGGGCCAAUUCCUGAUGGAUAUUAGUUCAUAUUACAAAAUUCUGACAUUUCUAAAAGUAGAGUUUAUAGAGAGAUCAAGUGUUCAAAAGAUACAUUCUUUCCUGAGCUCAAAAAAGGUUUUAUUUUUACUGGGUGGAACAGUAUAGAUAAGUUGACAUUAAAUUGCAUUCUAUACCAUAUUUAUUCACUUCAGAAAUAUCAAAACGUUAUAAAAAUUCUGAAUUUUGAAUGGUUUGAGACUAAAAAUGAUGUGCAACACUCAUAGUCCAAAAAUUCAUAUCAAGCCUUACACAUUUGAAGAGUGGUACAUUUUGUAUAAAAAUCAUACUUUAUACUGUUAAUUCUGCAUACCUACUUUUCAUCUACUGCUUAAUUUUUCUUUUUAGAGCUCUAGCUGAUGACUUUAAACUGUAUAGAAUAACUCUUAUUUAUUUUUGGAAAUGUUUAGUACCUUGUAUUAAGAAACUCAAGACUGCCUCCUCAAAAAACAACUUUGCAGUAUUGGGAUUUACAUUACACUGCCCUUCAUUUUUUUAAGCCAAAUAGCUUUAUUGAUAUUCAUUGCUUUUGUAGUUGUUAAAACUAAGAAUUUCUUUAAAAAUGUGUUUGUAGAUUAUGUUUUUCAGAGGGUUUUGGUAGUAUUUGUGAUAAAAUGGUUUUGCAUAUGGUUAUUAUAGGGGAUAUAUUUAUAGAGCUCUACUUGUGUACCUUGUUGAAUUACAUUGAAAUUAAAAGUUCUCAGCCCAUACAGUUAAUAUUUGUAUCUAGAGUACUUUAGAAAAAAAAUGUCUUAUAUUUUUAGCAUAUAGGAGCCAAUAUUGCUUCUAUUUGUUCUGAAUACAAAUUCCAUCUUUUUUUUGCAUUUUACAUCUUGUGUGUAAGAAAUAACUUUACAAAAUAAUUUAUAUGCUGGUAAUAUUUGGACAGGUACCGUAAAUUCAUGUAUAUUGUACUUUCUGAGUAGAUUUUCUCUAAUCAUAGCAAAAUUUAUUUCAAAAUUAUAGCUCUUUGAAGUGUUCAAAUGUAAUAAAAAUUUAAUUAUAAAAUUAUGUGGCAGUAUUGAAAAUUGAGAGAACAGUCUGAAGAAAGAGCAAGACAAAUACUGAUUUUUUUGUAUCUUCUAAGUAAAUGUUUGGGUUUACAUACACAUAUAUGUAGUUAUUCCAAAUACUAAUUAGGAGUUGAUUAUAGUGUCUUUACAUUUAAUCAUUAUAUCUUAGUAAAAAGUUAGUAAGGCAGUGUUUCUGAACAUGCUUAAUCCUUCGAUUUAUCUCUGAUUUGGUUUUCCACUGUAAUCCCUGGGCUGCUUAGGGAGGGUACUGUUUGGUUUGAUGGAAAAACUGGAAUGAUAAUAGUUUAAACUUUCUGAUCAUUUACUAUGUGCUUGGCACUGCUCUGUAAGUUUUACAUUACUCGCUCAUCACAACAGCUUUAUGAGGUCAGUACCACUGCAGAUAAGGUAAGUGAGACGCAGAGAGGUUAAAUGACAUGCACAAGGUCACACAACCAUUACACUUUGGAGCUGGGUGGUGGCUGGGCUCCAUACAGCCCUCCCUGAUCACCAUGCUUGUCUUUUUGGAAGAAAAAAGUCUUUGGCAGAUAUAUGCUAAACUAAGAUAAUAUUGAGAGGAAAAGGAGAGAAUAGAAUUUGGAAAGGAAAUGAUUAUAGGGUUCAGUGAAAAUGGGUUCUGUGACUGAGUGGAAAUUGAUUGGCAGUUGUGCUGAUACCCUGGAAAAUUGUCCUCUGGGUACAUCUAUUCUAGGGUUCACUUCUGCUGUAGAAUUGUUUCUUGGACCUUUUAAGAGAGGAUACUUAGAGUAAGAUUGUUAAAUAAAGCAAAUGUAUCACACAUCUGUGAUCAUUUCCUGUAAAGAUAAUAUAUUUACUCAGGUACUUCCUAUGUUUGGUGUAGGGGCACUACCUACCUCCAUUUGUUCAAGAUUCAUAGAGGAUAAGUUAAUGUCAAAGAAGAUAAAGGUGGCCACCAUGACUGCUUGGUUUCUUUCUCCCCAUGAAUAAUUCACAUUUCUGUGUAGCAGCUGGUAUUUUGUAGCUGCAAACAUAAUGGGGGAAUAUGCCAAAUUUUUUAUCUGUAGUCUGCGGUUUCAUCUUGUGCCUCUGGGCUGUUUAUUUUUUAAAUGUAAAAUAUUAACUAAUUUCAGGACUUUAUAUGUUAUCUGAGAUAACGACUAUUCUAAGACAUGCUGUUGUAUUACAAAUAAAUAAGAAUUUCUGCCUUUAUUCCAAUUCCAUUGCAUGAAGCAAAAUUAGUCGAAGUUUAAAGGAAGAAGCGUUUAGAAAUACUUUUAUAAUUCUUCUAUACUACAUUAAAAUUGUAAUUUCUUAUUUAGAGUUAAAAAUUAAAUUUGUUUUCCAGACAGGAUGGUAGAAUAUUUGGGGUAUCUGUAUAAAUAAAUACAUGCUACUUACGCAGGAGAUCUUAAUCUGGUAUCAUGAAACCGAAGCUUCAGAUCUAGGUCCUCUAGAUAUUCAAACAAGUCCGUGACUCUUGGUAUUUUAAGGACCAGUGGUUCAGUGAGACAUACGGAUAUUACUCUCAAAACUCAUAUAUUUGAUUAGAAAAAUUUAAGUAUUAAAUGAAGAUUAUGAACUUAGCAUCUAAAUUACUCCCUUGAUGAAACUAGGGUAUUUAGGAUCAUAACAUUAGCUCUGGCAUUGAUCGAACCAUGUCAGUUUAGGCCCUCUGGAAAUUUUAUAUCAUGUACCUUUAAAAAGAUGCUCUUAAAAUUAAGCAAAUUAACCACAGCUUUGUGCAUCCCAGACAAGGCCCCAUUGCCUCACACAGACAGCCUUGGGGGAGUAAGCACUUCAUUCCUGACUGGGCUAGGGCCUGGCCCCCACUGCUUAGAGAAUGCCCCUAAUGCACUGAUCCCAUCCCAGGAACACAAUAGAGCUGGGACAGCCCACAGAGAAGGUGAAUGGACUGUAAUUGAUGGAUUGACUGUGAUUAUAGAAUUAAAUUGGGUACAUCUUUUGAAAAGAAGCAAAUUAAGUGUAGAGACACUAUAGUCAAAAACCUAUUUAGAAAUAUAAUAUUCCAUUAUAGAAGUGUUAGAUAUUCCAGGUUGAUUGAACUUCAUUCAAGUUAAAACAGUACUUCACAAUAAUGACAAAUACCAUUUUUUAUUUAAAGGAAUCAUGUGAGGAAAGACUGAAUUUAAAAAUAUACAUAGGAUACUACACCACAUCAGUAGUAUUUUCCAAAAAAAAAGGUAUAAUGUUUUUAUUUUAUUUUGGGGAAAGGGUUAUAUGAUUAGUCUUUCUUGAAUCUUAUGUUCUAGGAAUGUACCACAAUUUUGAAUUUAUGAAAAGAAAUAGUAUCAACUUGUGGAGAUAGAUGGAUGCUCAGUGGGUUAAUGGUUACUGUUUUUUAAAUGUAUUAUGUGAUUUAAAGCAUAUGUUUGGUUCACAUGUUUCAAAACACCAUAUUCAACCUACCUGUAAGUUUAUGAACUAGUAACGUUACAAAUUAAAAUCAGGAAUAUCUUAGGGUAUGUCAGGUUUCAGGUUCUUUCAGAAUGCAGAUGGAAAAUUUAAAGGGUCAGUCUCUCCAGAUGAGACUAUCUAGCCAGUAAUCAGUGCUUUGUGCUAGAAAUGGAUUGAUUGCAUGUUUAUUACUGUUUGAUCUUAUGUAUUGCAGCUUGUGUAGGAUGAGCAGUUUCUCAGAAAAAGUGUAAUUGAAACAAGAAGCAAAAUUACCACUUUUCUAAUUUAGGAGUAUAAUUCUGUGAACUAAAUGCCUAAGAACUAUAUGCUUUUUAGAAAUGGGUCCAUAGAAAUUGAGGAAAACCACAUUCUAGUUUUCUUGGCUUACUCCUUAUAGUAUAGACUUAAAAUGCUGUUAAAUUGACUAAUUUCAACAAAAAUCUCAAUAUAAAAUAGUCUUCCAGGCUCAAGUGAUAGCCUUUUUUUUUUUUU